CAUAGUUGUUGGCGAACAUUUCGUAGACACCGCGUCUUUUCGCCAUCUCGGACGAACUCAGCAGCAGACAUUGAUCGUGCUUACAAUAUGUCAAUACGAUACAGACUUUUCAGCCGCCUGGAUCAAGGAACUGGGUCUUUGAGAAUGCCGGAUCAUGUUGUACCACCAGUCUUUUUUUCUGUGCUACCUUUCGAUGAUUUUAAAAGGGAGAGCGGGAAACAAGGCAGUUUUGUCACAGUUUUCUCUAUCUGGAACACGAUGAUGGGUACCAGCCUCUUAGCUAUGCCUUGGGCAAUGGAACAAGCUGGAUUUGCUCUUGGAUCAUUCCUAAUCCUUGCCGUCGGGGCACUAAGUUUAUAUACUGCAUAUAGGGUUGUUCAAAGCCCGUCUGGUUUGACCUUGGGGGUCGAUAGUGCAGCUGCAGAUUUGCCUGAUGUGUGUAGGUAUUUUUGGGGUACAUAUGGGACGUUCCUUGCAACUACCUUUUCUAUUAUUGUAUUACUGGGAAGUUGUGUGGUCUAUUGGGUUAUAAUGUCGAACUUUUUGUUCUAUACUGGCAAUGUAAUACAUGAAGCUUUACAACCGAACAGUACUAUUGUUCCUAUUAUGAUGAACAAGACCUUCAAAUGUGACAUUUACUGUCCUGACGAAGUCAGUUUGCGGGAAGAGUUGGAUACGGUUGGCAAAUAUGUUUCCACUUUACUGUCGGAAGUUGCUCGUCCAAACACUUUUACUUUUGACAGCUUAUGGACUCUUCGGGGUACGGUGCCAAUCUACUUGGCUUUUUUUGUGUUGCCUUUGUUGAAUUUCAAGUCUCCAACUUUCUUCACUAAAUUCAAUGUUCUUGGGACGGUUUCUGUAACUUUUUUGCUCAUUUUCGUUAUUUCAAAAGCUGUAGAAUGUGGUAUCAAUCUCAAUUUUGUGGAUGUGUCGUCAGAACACUUUUCUCGAUUGUUUAAUUGGAGGUUUCCGGCUCUUACAGGGACUCUAGCUUUGUCGUAUUUCAUCCACAAUGCAAUACUAACAAUCUUACGAAAUCAAGCCAACCCUGCAAAUAAUGCGCGUGACUUGUCUCUUGGGUACUUUCUUGCAGCCACUUGUUACAUAAUUGUUGGUGUCGUGUUCUUUUCAGCAUUUCCCACUCGUCGUUCUUGUAUUUCUGAUAAUUUCUUGAAUAAUUUUGGGUCAGGUGAUGUACUCAGUGUUGUUGCUCGCGUUUUCAUAUUAUUUCAAAUGUUAACCGUUCUUCCGUUACUGAUGUAUCUAAUACGUGUGCAGUUCUUUUUUGCAGUCAUAGGCCAAAUCUUUGGAUACGUAUUACUGCUCAACUGUUGUUCUCUCAGCCUCUUCGUAUCAAUAGCUAUAUUUUACCCCCAUGUUGGAAGCAUUCUCAGGUUUGUCGGAUCAUUUUCUGGUUUAAUUUAUGUUUUUACCCUUCCUUGUGCAAUUUAUCUCAAGAAGCGUCAGAUGCGGGGAGAACUCAGACGAAUUGAUAUUGUUGUUCAUGGUGGAAUAAUUAUUUUAGGGGUUUUGAACUUUCUUUCUCAGUUCUUACUUUUGUAA